AUACAAAGCAACGCGUCUUUAAUCGUUGGGCAGCCAUGAUUAAUGAUUAACGAAUUGGACAUUGGGCAGGACGAAGUUUGAAUUAAAAAAAGCCUUCUUUUGAAUUCAUUGCCGACAAAUUCCACUUUCCCUGUUGCUUUUAUUCGGGUAAAUCUCCAUGUUGAUUUAAUUCUCAAUCCCAUUUAGUUUUAUUUCUCUUAUGAAUCAACAUAUUUAAUCAAGUUCUACUUCCACGAAAUUUCACUGACAAGAUCUUCUCAAUGGAACCACUAUCUCUGAAUGUCACCAUUUCUCAAGAGAAUGGCCGAAGUAUGCUUGCCAAUUUUGAUGUUGAGAAGAAAAUUGGUAAGGGUCAGUUUUCAGAAGUGUACAGGGCCAGAUCAAGACCAAAUGGAAGUGUAGUUGCUUUGAAAAAAGUUCAGAUUUUUGAAAUGGUUGAUGCAAAAGCUCGUCAGGAUUGUAUAAAAGAAAUAGAUUUAUUAAAGCAACUCGAUCAUCCAAAUGUUAUAAAAUAUUUAGCAUCGUUUAUUGAGGAAAAUGAACUGAACAUUGUACUUGAACUUGCCGAUGCUGGAGACUUGUCCCGCAUGAUAAAGCAUUUCAAACAGCGUAGCCGGCUGAUUCCUGAGAAGACCAUCUGGAAGUACUUCAUUCAGAUUUGCAGUGCCCUGGAGCACAUGCAUUCUCGUAGGAUUAUGCACAGAGACAUAAAGCCUGCCAAUGUCUUCAUUACAGCACAAGGAAAAGUAAAAUUGGGUGAUUUAGGUCUUGGACGAUUUUUCAGUUCUAAGACUACUGCAGCCCAUUCUCUUGUUGGAACUCCCUAUUACAUGUCUCCAGAAAGAAUACAUGAGAAUGGAUAUAAUUUCAAGUCAGAUAUUUGGUCCCUUGGGUGUUUGUUAUAUGAGAUGGCAGCCUUACAAUCUCCGUUCUAUGGUGACAAGAUGAAUUUGUAUUCUCUAUGUAAGAAAAUAGAACAGUGUGAUUAUCCACCUCUACCUUCAGAUAUCUAUUCCCAAGAGCUUCGCAGGCUUGUUGAGAUGUGUAUCAACCCUAACCCAGAACAGCGUCCUGAUAUCAACUACGUAUACAAUAAAGCCAAAACUAUGCAUGCAUACAGCUGUGAAUCUCAACAACAAGAACAGCAGCAACAGCAGCAGCAGCUGCAAUUACAGCAACAGGCUCAGCUACAGCUAUCACCUCACCAGUUUCUACAGCAGCAGCAACAACAACAACAACAACAAAUGCAGCAAUUAACACAACAACAACACUUAAUGCAACCUCAACAACAGUAACAACCAGCUCAACUAUCCAUUGUAGAAUAUCCAGCAGCUUGUUUGUUGAUGUUGUUGGAUGAUGGCCAUGAUUGUAGACCAUUCUCCCAGCAUGUGAUAUCUCCAAUAAUAAUAACAGUGGAUAUCUCACUAACUAACAUUCCAUCUACCACUGAUGAAACAUCUUUUGGCUAUUUGACCUUCUUGAAUUACCAUCUUACCUUAUGUUGCAUGUAUUUUUAGUUUAUGAAAACCUUUUUUCCUCUUUUAUCUUUAUACUGUCUCUAGUGCUUGGCAAAAUCAUUUCCACUCUUUUUUAAAAUGCCUUCUAUUUUUUUCUGGCUUUUUUUUACAUUCUGAGUUCAAAUCCCCUUCUGAAUCAGCUUUGUCUUUCAUCAUUCCAGGGUCAAUUAAGUACACCAGUUAAAUACUAGAGACAGUAAGUGCCUUUACCAUUUAAUGAAAUGUAGUGUUUUUUUAUUCACAUUGGCUUGAAUUAAUCAUGUAUUAAUCUUGUAACUUCAAGAAUUUGAUGAUGUUAUUUUUAAAAAUUUUUAGAAUGACAUUUGCAAGGUAGGAGUGAGUGGCUGAUCUGAUCAGUUUGGACAUAAAGCAGGCAGAAUAUUUGAGCCAGAUAUGGCCAGUUUAAAUGCUAAUGAGUUAAUCAACUGCACCAUACCUACCACCACUACCCAAAUUUCUGGCCUAGAAAGUGAACUGGCAGAAUUGUUAGUCUUGUACAAAGUGCCUUCUAGUAUUCCUUCUGACUCCUAUUCUGAGUGCAAAUGCCACCGAGGUCAAUUUUGUGGUUAAUUAACUAAAGUACCAGUUGAGUAUUGGGAUCUGUAUAAUUGACUAACACCUCCACCACCUACAUUUCAGGCCUUUUAUCUUAACUCCUUUUACAUUAACUAAUUCCCUUUCACAGGCCUUUUAUUAUUACCUUCAUCAUAAAUAUCUUCAUUAUUAUCAUUAUUAAGGCAACAAGCUGACAGAAUCAUUUGUGCGUCAGACAAAAGGCUUUCUAGCAUUUCUUCUGGCUUUAUGACCUGAAUUCAAAUUCCACUGAGGUCAGCUUUGCAUUUCAUUGUUUCAGGGUCAAUAGGAUAAGCGCCAGUCAAUAACUGGGGUUAAUGUAAUUCACUGCCCUCUAUCCACCAAAAUGUCAGGCUUUGUUUCUAUAUUAGAAAGGAUUAUUCUUAAAAUAACUAGCUGGCAGAAUCAUAAGACAAAAUGCUUAGUGGCAUUUCUUCCAGCUGUUUACCUUAUAAUUUCAAAUUCUACCAGCUUUGCUUUUCAUCUUCUGAGGAUUGAUAAAAUAAUGUACCUGUUGAGCACUGGGGUUACUGUAAUCACCUAUCGUCUCUAUUCAAAACUGUUGGUCUUGUACCAAAAUUUGAAACUAUCAUUAUUAUAGUUAUUGUUAUAAAGGUGGCAGAAGGAAUGGCAAGUCAGUAGAUUGUAUAAAACGCCUUAUAAUAUCUACUUAUGUCCCUUUACAUUCAGGUUUCAAUUUCCACCUCAGUAAAAUUUAUUUUCCUUUCAUCCCAAGAAAAAAAAAGUACUAGUCAUACACUGGGGUAGAUCCUGUACUGUUCCUUCCUGCAAAAUGUGUGGCUUUUUGCCUAAUUUAGAAACUUUUUUUUUUUAGUAUCGAACAGGCAAAAGUAUUUGUUGUUGGAAUUUAGUUACAUCUUGAGUUCAGAUUCUUCCAAGGUCAACUGAUCUUUCCUUGUCUUUAUUGUUGAUAAUUUAGAUACCUGUUAUGUACUGGGAUCACUUCAUUUAAUUAUUUUCUCUCUUCGCAGACUUGCUACUUUUUAACUGCAUCUCCUCUCAAAAAAAAAAAAAAAUGGGGCUCCAUUCCAGUUGAUAAACCUUUUUACACCAAUGCA